AUGAUCUACGCACCCAGACAGAACAAGACACUGCAAAUCCUCCAAGCUGCAGCGACAGGAGGCUAUGGAGUACUUGCAGCCAUCGCCUACAAUGUCGAACACAUAACAGCGCUCGUCCGCGCCGCCGAAGCAAAACGCUCGCCUUUGAUCCUGCUGCUAUUCCCGUCGACACUGACCCAAUUACCAUCAUUGGUCUGGGCGGCGUCGGCGGCGGCGAAAACUGCCACUGUUCCGAUAUCAGUGCACAUCGAUCAUGCACAGGAUGAACAGCAGAUCAGAUACGCCGUUGAGUCGUUGCCGAUUGAUUCCAUCAUGGUCGAUAUGAGCCACUACGAUCUUGCUGAGAACCUUAGCAAGACCAGGGAAUUGACGGCCUUCUGUCAUGCCAAAGGUAUUGCGGUCGAGGCUGAGAGCGGGCGGAUUAAUGGUGGCGAGGAUGGGAUUGCGGACACUGGCAAUCUAGAGGGUAUGUGGUGUGAUCUAGACUGUGGCAAACACAUGGCUUCCCCGGUUAAAAUCGUGGUGCCAAAUGCUAAGUCUAGAACAGCACUACUCACAACGCCAAAAGACGUGGAAGACUUCCUAGCCACGGAGAUCGACAUGCUGGCGCCCUCCGUGGGCAACAUACACGGCGACUACGGCCCUCAGGGCCCACAGCUGGACUUUCAACGGCUCAGCGAUAUCGCGAAACAGCUUGACGGCCGGGCUAGCUUGGUGUUGCAUGGGACCAAUGAUUUCUCGCCCGAGUUGAUGAGAGACUGUAUCCGAGCUGGGGUCACGAAGGUCAACGUUAAUAAAUUGCUAUUGGAGACUUGGAAUGUGUAUUUACGGGACCAUGCGAAGGAAAGGACUCUGACACAGUUGAUCGACGAAGGAAUCCGAGUGCUACAGGCGGACGUGGAGAUGUGGAUGGAUAUUAUCGGGAGUAGUGGGCGGGCAUAG